AUGGACGAUCUACUCGCCAUCUCAAAGUCCAUCUUGGACAAGGUGCCGCGGCUCCAGGCGCUAGACAACUACUUCCGAAGUCCGGAGAUCCUUGCGCGGCAGCAACGUGUCGAUCAGCUUGAGGAGCUGGCUCAACAGAAUGCUAAGAGAUUCCGUGAGGACACAGCUGGCAAGAUUGAUAUCCGACCGUUUAGGACGCUCAUUCUGGAGCAGUCCAAGCUCGAGGAGGAAAUCGAGAAAGACAAAGCUCGGUUUUUGCAACAGCUCCUCAGCGACUGGGGCACGGUUCCAGAGGGCCUUCAGACGCACGCAGCUUCUCCUUCAGAGGCUCCACGAGAUCGUUUCCCAGCCGAUUCGAUACCCACACCUUCCCGAGCGCCCCUACCAGCUUAUUCAAUACCUACGCCACCGGCUCCAAACCCUCCUCUGCCGGCUAAUUCAAUACCUACACCUUCGCGCAGCUCAGUAGUUCACGAUAGUCUGGAAAGAGCCGGGCCAGAGCGCGAUGCGACCGCUGAAUCCCAGGCCCCGUUGGUCGACAACGCUGAACGUAUCCCGAGCAGAAAGCCCCGAACCUCUGCAUCACGACGAAGAUCCUCCAACAUCUCACAAGAUGAGAACCGACCCGUCAAGCGCAGUCGUCGAGGCGAAACAACACCCUCCCUUACGCCAGACCGAUUCAUCAAGUUCAACGAUGUCUUCCAGGGUGGCUACGCUCCAACCAAGUACAGGAUUGUACAGUUUCCGUUUCGCCAAGGAAACUGGUACAUCUUGGAAUGCAAGGACUGCGAUAUAAAGUUCCAGGGGGAGGAUGUUGUUGAGGACGCAUAUGACCAUUUCUAUCACAACCACGGCCGCAGUUUUAGUACCACUGAGGAACAGGUUGUUCAAGUGAUGGGCACCCAUGUGUCGGACUGCAAUGCCGAGCUCGCCGAGAAGAACAAUGCGCUCUGCCCACUACCUCUGGAUCCCGAUGGUGACGAAACAGAGCUUGAAACUGGAGACGAAGGACCCGAAGAGCCAUCCGAACGCCGAAAGCACGCAAGUUCACGAAAGAAGAAAGGGAAGCGAGGGAGGCGGAAGAAUCCCAGCGCUCGUUGGGUGCCUCCCAAGUCAUUCAAAGACGUCGAUCCUCGAAUCAUCAGUGCAGAGCCGGGCGACAUCGUCUGCUUGUAUAAUGACAGAACCAAGUUCUUUUCUCCUCUCAUGAUCCUUCCGUGGGGACCUUUCCCACGUCUCAAUUUCGGGAAGGCCUUGCAGGACGUGGAACUCCACACAACAAUACCUAAAUGCUACGAUUGUGCAGAACCCACGGAUCUUACUCCGCCGCCUUGGGCCCCUGGCUACGGAGAUGAUGGCGAAUUGGCUCACAAGCGCAGCCUUCCUGGUCUCUUCUUUCGAGCUGCUCAAGAUUUCCCAUAUGAAUGCAGGUCGGGCUGGGUCCCGUUGAACAAGCUCAAGGUGUACGAUAAGACUUGCCCUCGGACGCGGAAUAAAGAGUCCGUUGAAGAGUACAUCGAAUACCAUGCAGAGUGGUGCAAAGAGCUACAGGCCAAGGGGGUGCAGGAUCAGGCGACCGCACCAAAGAGAAGCCAUCGGUUUCAGCCAGGAGGCCGUCGAGGUCCAGAGAACAGCGCCCGAGUUCAAAGCAGUCGCCAGUCGACGGAACAGUUCAGUGUUGCGCCUACGAUUGAAGACGUCGGGAUUAAGAACGAACCAGCCGUGGACUACGAUCAAACCGAAGAAGAAGACGACGGAGAGGAGAGUGAAGGCAGAGCGGGGGAAGGAGAGAAACAGGUGAGCGGCUUUCGGAGGCACUAUAGCAUGGGCGUCCGUCGCGCGCACAUCGUACGCAGUGUUGAGGUGGAUGGCAGAUGA